AUGCUGACAAGUAACGGAGUGACGACGGCAUUGGACUCGGCAGCAUUCCCGAUAAUUUGUUGCUCUUCAGAUCCAAGUGGAGUAACUGAGCCGGCAAGUGGGGAACCUCGCCGGUUAACCUGUUUCCGGCCAAAACCAGGACCCUUAAUUGAGCUAACUCGGAGAUUCGGGCGGGGACAGAACCAUUGGGUAGGUAUGAGACCGGUGACAAUGCCGGAGAAGAGGACGAGUUGGGUUAACUCGGUGAGUUUGGAGAGGGAGGGGGAGAGUUUGCCGGAGAGGCCGGGGGAGUCCGAUAAUCCGGUGCCGAGAGUGAGAGUGGUGACCCGUCUGAGGGAGCAGGUGACGCCGGAGAAGGAGGAGCAAGGGUCAGGCGAGGUAAAGUCCCAAGUGGAGAAGAAAGCAGCGGCGGUGGUGCCGGAAGGAAUGUCUGCGAGGGAGUCCUUGAUUUCAUGCAACGCCGCCAGGUCGGCGGUGCUGAUCGGUGGUAGAAGUGGUUUUGUUGAAGAGCUAUGGAGUAGGAGUAGUAGUGCAAGGGAGGAACGUUACGAGGAAUAUGGUGAUUGUGAGGUUUAUCUGCCUCUCAUUCAUGAGGGUUCAGUGGAAUUCAUGUGGGCUCAGUAG